GAAUUUCCAGCAAAAUAUCUCUGUCUCCAAACCCUAACUUCAACCAAAUACAAGUAGGAAAGGUGAUCGAUCGAAGGUAAAAAGAUCAUCAAAUUGCAUCAAUAAUUCAGAAAUUCGAAAGAGCUUAUCGCCAGAUCUAAGAGCCAUGGGAAACACAGAGAAAUUGAUGAACCAGAUCAUGGAGCUCAAGUUCACAUCAAAAAGUCUUCAACGCCAAGCUCGCAAAUGCGAGAAAGACGAAAAAUCCGAGAAGCUUAAGGUGAAAAAAGCAAUCGAAAAAGGAAAUAUGGACGGCGCUAGAAUUUACGCCGAGAACGCGAUCCGCAAGCGCAGCGAACAGAUGAAUUAUCUCCGUUUAUCUUCACGGCUCGACGCCGUUGUGGCUCGACUCGAUACACAGGCGAAAAUGACCACAAUUAGUAAGUCAAUGGGCAAUAUUGUAAAAUCACUUGAGUCUUCUCUUGCUACAGGUAAUCUCCAGAAGAUGUCUGAGACGAUGGACAAGUUCGAGCAACAGUUCGUUAAUAUGGAAGUUCAAGCUGAGUUUAUGGAGAGUUCUAUGGCGGGAAGUACGUCGCUGUCGACUCCCGAGGACCAGGUUAACAGCCUUAUGCACCAGGUGGCUGAUGACUAUGGCCUUGAGGUAUCUGUUGGGCUUCCCCAAGCAGCCGGUCAUGCGAUUCCUACAAAGGACAGCGAGAAAGUGGACGAGGACGAUCUUACCAGGCGCCUUGCUGAGCUGAAGGCGCGUGGGUAAUUGAGAAAUUUGUGAUUUUUAUGUUAAUAAUGAGGCUGCACAAUUGGUAUAUUGUGACAUAGUAUGUGCAGUUCUCUCUAUUUCCUACAGAAGAAUGAGUUUAAUGUGCAUUUCAACUCUCUUUUGAUUGGUGGAGUUAUAUUGCUCUACUUAAUGGUUUGCAGAAUUCGCGUGUUUAUACUUUAAUGUGCAUGUUGGUAAAUGGUAA